AUCCUGACUAUGAAUGCACAAGCGAGUGGCGGUUGGACAGAUUGGUGCAGCGGGAGAGUGGCUCUGAUCACUCGAUAGGGAUGAGCAGCAGGCGGCGAUGUUUAUGUGUAAAGGGCAGACGGUGUUUAUGUCGGCCUCGCGGUGUUUUUGUUGUUAUCUGGGAAGCGGCUGCGGGUGAACUCCGACAUGGCGGCGGCGGCUGGCCGCAAACAGAGCCGGGAGGAGCUGGCCGAGCUGGUGGCUCUGGCCUUGCGCUGCGGUCUGAGUGAAAGCGACAUCGCGGGGCUGCCGUCGGUGCAGAAGCUGCUGGGCCGCUCCGGCUCCGGCUCCCGGCGCGGCCUGCAGGUCUCGGCCGCUCUCCUGCUCCUGGUCCUCCUCCUGGGAGGCCCCCUCCUCCAGCCCGGCCUCCGCCUCUGGUUCUGGCUCCGCGGCCUACCUCCCCACACGCAGAUGUGCGCCCUGGGCCUGGGCGAGCUGCACAACCCGUUCCGCCGGCCCCUGGACUGCCGUGUCUGCCGCAACAUCACCGGCGUCGACCGGAGGAGUAACCUGAGCCACGAGGAGUUCCUGCGGGCCUACGCCUACUCCAUGCAGCCGGUGGUGGUGGAGGACGGCCAGAGGAACUGGUCGGCCAGGGAGGUCUUCAGCUUCGAGUUCUUCACGCGGAUCUACGACAACGAGAGCCGGGCCCUGGACAGCAGCGCCAGCGAGUGCCAGUUCUUCCCCUACGACACCGAGUUCGUGAACCUCGGCGAUGUGUUCAGUAUGGAGGCCGGCCGGGCCGCCGGCAUGGACAGCAAUGCCAAGCCGUGGUACAUCGGAUGGAGUAACUGUGAUUCCAGUGCAGCAAGUAUCCUGAGACAGCACUAUAAGCGACCAUAUUUUAUCCCAGCCAUUUCUGAAUCCAGUAAAAUGGAUUGGAUAUUCAUGGGAGUACCAGGGCAUGGAGCCCACAUGCACGUAAGUGUGAGAAACUGGGACUAACUGCACAUUUGUCUUUUUGCCAGAUAAAUUUUUGACCUAUGCUGUAAAAUGCCUACACAAACUGGGGCCUCUCUCUUUUGCCUUGUUGCUGCAAAUUAGACUUUAAAAUUUCAGUUUAGAGGCAUCUGAGAACAUUUUAUUUGUGAUUACCUCUGAAAAUGGACUGAUUGCUGUAGGACACAAUCCUCAAUCAUGUCACAUUUUUAGGAAGGUAAAUCCAUUCUAAUGUAUCCUAUCAUACCACCAAUCCAGCCUUAAAACAUUGAAUUUGUCUUUGUGCUGUAUUCCUAGUAACUUUUUUCAAAUACACAGUCACUUCUUUCAAUUGUUAUUGUAUUUCUUGUCUCACUAUUUUAUCGUUUUCUAGCCCCUCUGUAUGAAGAAUACAUUCUUUUCAAUUUCCCUGUUCCCAAGACUCACCUCCUGCUCUCUAUACCUAUUCUCAUGAAAAUAUGCAGCAUGACUAGGUCAUUCAGCCCCCUCGAGCCUGCAACACCAUUCAAAAGAUCAUCAUUGAAAAAAUUGUAACAUCAAAUUCGUAUUUCUGUCUACUCCUACGAUCCUUUCAUUCCCUUGCUUGACAAGAAUCUCUGCCUUAACAAUAUUCCAGGACUGCUUUCGCUAACUUUUCAGGAAGAGAGUUCGAAAGAUUCAAUCCUCUGAGGUAAAAGCUUUCGUCUAAUCUCUGUUUUAAGUGGGCAGGCCCUGAUUUUUUUAAACAGUAACCCCUACUUGUACUGAAAACAACAAAUGCUGGAGAUCACACCGGGUCAGACAACAUCCAUGGAGACAGAGCAUGCUAACGUUUUGAGUCCAUGCCAACAUUUUCAUGCACAGGAUCAGACAAGCCUUCUUUGUUACACAGGACCUCCAACCAACACUAUACACCAGAUACAUUGAUGACAUUUUCUUCCUUUGGACUCAUGGCGAGGAAUCAAUGAAACAACUACA